AUGAAGUCGGGCUUCUAUCGCCUGAGGGAAAGAGCAGAUCCAGAGCCAGCUCCAGGACCUACGCCCUUUCCCAUCAAGAUCGUCGCCGACCAGCCUGCUCCACCGGAUACCUCUAUACUAGACAAUGUCCCUCUCCCGGGCGUCAAACGCAACGAUGAGUUCUACGCACCAUGGGAAAAGUUCUUGGCUGUAGAGCCGAAGAGAGCGAAGAAGCUUUCGAGGUCAGCGAGAGCAACAGUAGCGGAGAGAAAGGCCGUGGAGAAGUCGCCAGAAGGUGGACUGGCAGUCAAGGAGAAUGCGGCUCGGUCUUGGGAGGAGGCUGCGGCUCAGUGCAAAGCCAAAGUCCAGGCAAUCGUUGCAGAAUGCGAACGACUGAAUGAGAAGUAUCGUGAUAGGGACUUUGAUCUGGAAGGUGGCCCCAACUGCCUGCAAAGUCUGAAUGGCCGAUAUGCAUACUCAAUGCCUGCAGAUGAUGAAGAUCCUCCGCCUUGGGUCAAGCGAGUAGAGGACAUCUUCGAAAAGCCACAAUUCUUCAUCGAUGGCGCAGACGCUACGGAUGUCCAUCAAGGAAGCAAUGGCGACUGCUGGUUCCUGGCUGCGUGCAUGGCCAUUGCGGCGAAAGGACAGGAACUAGUUGACAAGCUGUGCGUGGCCAAAAACGAGAAAGUUGGAGUAUACGGGUUUGUAUUCCACAGAGACGGCGAGUGGAUACACGAGGUCAUCGACGACAAACUCUUCCUUCGAGUUGGCGACGAUGACGACUUAAAUGUUGUCAGAGACUGGGAUGUUGAAAAGAAGCUAGGUUCCAAAAUCGCCUACGACGACGAAAAGCUCAAGGACGUGCUUCAAAAAGGAGGGACGGCACUAUACUUUGGCCACUGCAAAUCGAACGAGACCUGGCUCCCAUUGAUUGAGAAGGCAUACGCCAAAGCCCAUGGCGACUACGCAGCAAUAGAGGGUGGCUACGCAUCAGAGGGCACCGAAGACUUGACGGGUGGAGUCGCGGUGUCUCUCAAUCCAGAAGACAUCAUGGACAAGGACAAAUUCUGGAAAGAGCAGCUCUUGAACGUCAACAAGAGAUAUCUCUUCGGUGGAGGAAGCCAGCAAGGGGAUAAGAAGGGCUUUAUUGGCGGCCAUGCAUACGCCGUGCUUGAGGCUUGGGAGGAGGGCGAUCUUCGACUUCUCAAGAUUCGCAACCCUUGGGGCGAUACGGAAUGGGAGGGCGAUUGGUCUGAUGGAUCGAAGCUGUGGACUCCUGAGAUGAUGACCAAAUUGAAACAUACGUUCGGCGACGACGGCGUCUUCUGGAUCAGCUACAAAGACUUCCUCAAGCACUUCGCCAGAAUCAACCGCGUCCGCCUCUUCGACGAGAACUGGUCCGUCAGCCAACAAUGGACCUGUGUCCAAGUACCCUGGACGGUCGACUACCUAGACACACACUUCCAGUUCACCGUCACGGAACAAGGCCCCGUCGUAAUCGUCCUCUGCCAGCCUGAUGACCGCUUCUAUCAUGGGUUAGGAGGCCGCUACAUCUACAGCCUCCACUUCCGCCUCUACAAAGUCGAAGACGACUCGCACUAUAUCGUCCGCUCAAUGCACAGCAGCGGCGCAGAUACAGUCUACACGCGGUCCGUCUCCGCCGAAGUCGACCUCGAGCCAGGAGCAUACCGAGUCGUAUUCAAAGUCACCGCCGUCCGCGCCAACGCCGCCUCGACAGCGGAAGAAGUGAUAUUCAAAUGCGCAGACUCUCGCAAGGAGAAGUUGCUACAUGUCGGCCGGCGAUUCGAUUACGCUCAAUCGAAGGGUGACUUGAAAGGAAUGGAGGAGAGGCUGAAGAAGGAGAAGAAAGAGGAAAAGCGUGAGAAGCAGUUGAGCAGCAUGAAGAAGAUCCGAGGUUUAAACAAGCAGGAACGAGAGCGGGCGAGGCAGAGGAAGAAGCGGGUCAGCGAUGCUAUGAAGGAGAAGAGGAAGGCUUUUGAGGCGAAGAGGCGAGAGAAAGAGGAGAGUCGAAAGCAGCGCGAUGUGGACAAGGCUGACGCUGACGUCCAAACCGAGACGAACGAAGAAGACACCAAGCCUGCCGUGGAAGAUCCGCCUUCGACUACACAAGACGAACAACCCAACACCUCCUCCAACGACGCCCCCAACCAAGAACCCCAACCCCCAAAACCCGACCUCUCAAGCAGACUCUCCGCCCUCACCCUCAACACCACAACCACAGCCAAAUCCCCCAUCUCCCCCCUCGACUCCGACACCGACUCCCCCGUCUCCCCCAUCUCCGAGCUCGCAGACGACGACUUCGACUGGGAUCCAGAAAUCGACCCACCCCUCUUCUCCUCCGACUUCGAAACCACCCUGCCCUCCCCCGGUAGCGCAGGAGGCGGCUCAGACAAACGAAAACGCAGCGGCAACGGCAACGGAGGGAUUUUCGGCGAUGACCCCUGGAAUGCGUUGUGUGUGUUGGGGCUGAGGGUUUAUUCGACGUGUAAGGAUUUGAAAGUUGCGGUUGUUAAGGAGGAGGAGGAGGUUGAAGGGGAGGGGGAUGGGGAGGAUGAUGGGGAGGGGGAGUUGGAUGAGUGA